AUGUGCAAGCACAGCUCACAUUUGACAUCCGGCUCCCCCCCCCGCUCGUCGGAAAACAUGCCGCUCGUCGUCGCUGACACAAAGCUGCCGGUCCAGUCCUCCCAGCUCGAGUACACCUCCUUUAUCCUGGCCGCCUUGACGGCCGGCGGCGGCAUCAUGGGCUACGCCAAGACACGCUCCAUGCCGUCCAUCAUUGCCGGCUGCUCCGUCGGUCUCCUUUACGCCCUCGGUGGCUAUCGCAUCCAGAACCGCCAGCCCUAUGGCGUUGAGCUGAGCCUUCUCGCUUCGGUUGUCCUCGGCGGUGCGUCCAUUCCCCGCGCCAUCCGUCUCAAGAAGCCCGUCCCCAUCCUGCUGAGUGUCUUGUCCACGUUUGGUGCCGUCACCUUUGGCAGCGCCCUCAAGAAAUCUGCCUAA